AUGACGACUACCGCUGUUGGGAUUGCGAGGCACUGGACGAAGUUAUUCUGUAGAGCGUCCCCCACCUCUCUUUUCAUCCCUCACCUCAUCCAUCCUAUAUACUCUUCGCUACUUGUGUCAAUUGCAUAUAAUUAUUGUUUCUCUUUGCUUUUGCCAGGCAAGAGACUGAUACAAUAUCCCUCGUCCCGCUGUUCACUGCAUACUCCCGUUAAAGUCACUCCAGGAUCGCCCAAUCCCAUUAGGAAUCGUUGA